UUCAGUCGCGUAUGUCGGGCACAGCUUCAGUGCGUGUCGCCUUCAGUAACAAUAUAGUGCAGUGUUGACUCGUGACGUGCGGACAAACAUCACCACCAUGAAGAUAUUGAUGAGAGCGGACACCCACUACAGCAUAGCAGUGAGGAGCAGCGAAUAUGACGAGCCCAAAUACACGUUCUCACAGGUGUUAGCUGCGAUUGCGGUAUCGUUGGGUUCAAUGAUAGUGGGAUUCUCCUCUGCCUACACAUCGCCGGCGUUGGUUACGAUGGAGAAUAGCACAACGAUAACAGUGACCAAAGAACAAGCCAGCUGGGUUGGAGGCUUAAUGCCCUUAGCGGCAUUGGCAGGCGGCGUGCUCGGAGGUCCCCUCGUUGACUACAUCGGACGGCGGAGGACUAUAUUAUUCACUGCUCCACCCUUCUUCGUCGGUUGGAUUCUUAUAGCGACUGCGUCAGUUGUGCACCUCGUACUGCUAGGGCGAGCAGUGUGUGGACUGUGCGUGGGCAUUGGUUCGCUCGCGUUCCCCGUUUACCUAGGAGAAGCUAUUCAGCCGGAAGUCCGCGGAAUUUUAGGACUAUUUCCCACCGCUAUCGGAAAUAUUGGUAUUUUAGUUUGUUAUUCAGCCGGCAAAUAUCUCAACUGGUCGGAACUUGCAUAUUUAGGGGCUGCGCUACCUGUUCCUUUUUUCAUAUUAAUGUUAAUGAUCCCAGAGACUCCACAAUGGUAUAUAUCACGUGGACGAACUGAUGAGGCUCGGAAGGCUCUUCAAUGGCUUAGAGGCAAAAAUGCUCACAUAGAAAAUGAAAUGCGAGACAUGGCCCUCACUAGUGCUGACUGUGAUGAUUCAACUUUGAUUAUUAAAGAGCUGUUAAGUAAAAAGUACAUGAAGUCAAUUUUAAUCUCUUUAGGUUUGAUGGCCUUUCAACAAUUGUCAGGUAUAAAUGCAGUGAUAUUUUAUACAGUAGAUAUAUUUAAAAUGUCAGGAAGCGCAGUUGACGAAAAUCUAUCUACUAUUAUUGUGGGUGUCGUAAACUUCGUAUCCACGUUUCUUGCAACCGUCCUCAUAGAUUUAGCCGGUCGUAAAGUGUUAUUGUAUAUUUCUUCUGUAGUCAUGACUGUUACUUUAAUUAUACUGGGCACAUUUUUUUAUGUUCGCGAUAACCUUCAUUUAGAUGUUUCUACCUUAGGUUGGUUACCACUAACGAGUGUAAUGAUAUAUUUGUUGGGGUUUUCUUUAGCUUUCGGACCAAUACCUUGGUUAAUGAUGGGUGAAAUUUUACCAGCGAAAGUAAGAGGGCCAGCCGCAUCGAUAUGCACUGCAUUUAACUGGUUAUGUACAUUCAUAGUAACAAAAACUUUCCAUAACAUAAUAGAAGGCGUAGGCCCUUCUGGUACCUUUUGGCUCUUUGGAUCCAUUUGUUUUGUGGGUUUAUUCUUCGUGAUAGUAUUUGUUCCAGAAACUCGAGGUAAGAGUCUGGAGCAAAUUGAAAAUAAGCUGACAGGGAGAGUACUCCCUAAAACGCGUCGAUUAAGCUCAAUAGUGUACAUGAAACCUUUACCAAGUGGAUGUUAAUGAGUAUGAUAACAUAAAUAUUUCAUUUGAAAAAGUACAAGGCAUACUAUGUUCUUGGAUGUGCAACAAAAAGCUAUCAUUAAUCUCCAACACAGUCAAGUAUUUAAUGUCAUCAGUAUUUAUAAUUGUAUGAAUAAUUAGGUAGCAAUAAUAAAAGUAGGUAAGUUUUAAACAUUAAUAUGGAUAUACUUAGGGAAAUAAGUACAUUGUGCAAUGAUUGUACCUCUGACUAGACCCAUUUGGGAAUAUAGUUGUAAGCUUAUGUUAUCAUAUUAAUAAGGAUAAAAAUUAUGUGUGUACUUAAGCAUUAAUGUUUUAUUGAAUGUGUUAUACAAUCAGUGUAUGUUAUAUUCAUGUGGCUUUUUAUCGCAGCAGCUUUGUAGUAAUUUAAUAAAUAGUACUAAUCACCAUCAUCUUAUCUUUUGAGGUUGGUGAAAAUGACUUGCUUUGUGUUUGUUGUGGCUAGUCAUAAGGCCCAAAGUUCAAUUAAUCCCUUUUCUGGAAACAGGGCCUAAUUGAGGUUAAUUGAAUUAUGAUAUAUUAUGUAAAAAAUUAAUUAUGGCAAUUAUUUGACUUAUUAUGUGUUACUUGAAAUAAUGGGGGGGAAAUCAGGUCCGAUAUAUUAGAAAAUAAGUAAUAUGGAAGCUAAAGUAGGGGGUUAAAAAGACCACAUCAAAGAUUCAUCUAAAAAAAGCAAUAUUGCUAUUUGACAUUUGUUAGCAUUGCGCACUUACUGUUAUAUGUGCAAAUGUCAAAUUGCAAUAUUGCUUUUUUAGAUGAAUUGCUUCGAUGUGGCUUUUUAAACCUCCUGUACAUUAACAACAGUCAAAUUAUGUUAUGUGCUCAUUUCUGUCGCACCAAGGCCACAUUCAUGAAUAUAUUAUUUUUUUUCUCAAAUUUUAGUUAUAUACCAAUGAAAAUCAAUAAAUAUGGUAUCUCAGUUGACAAGUGCAGAAAGUUUGUUAUUAGCUACAAAAUUUCAUCAAAAAAUAAAUAUGUAGAAUAUCAUUCGUUAAAUUUCAUAGUAAUGCUUUGUUUAUUAGAGACUACUUUUAGAAUAGAAUUAUAAAUAAUGUUAUAAUAAGGAAAUUAUAGCGGUAUUGUAUGUAAAACAAAACCUCUUUUGAAUAGGUACAGUAAAUUUAUUGAUUAUGUAAAAUUGUGAAGUUCCUAUAAACAGCGAUAUAAUAAAAUAUUUUUCAUCAGCGUAAGAAACUAAUCUGCAAUAACGAUUAAGUUUCUUACUACUACAUAUUAAUGUUAUUAAUGAAUAAUUGUAUAAAACAAGAAACAAAAGUCAAUGCGGGUACGCCUUUGUUGAAGAUAAUGAAUGAUAGAUAAAAUCCGUAAAUAACUACAAAGAGAUAACAUAAGCACAUAAGGCUAGUAAAGGUGAAAUAGGGUACUUAUAAAAAUUAUAAAACAUCGGCUUACCCAUCACCUGGACGCGGCAAAUAGCACAAGUAUCGCACUCGACAUCCCAGCUCCACAUUGCGACAGCAUUCCACUUCUUUAGGGUGAACAUCUUAUCUGGCUUCUGUCCGUCAUUGUCCCCGCGAUCAAGGGCAUCACAAUCUUCUCCAGACAUUAUUACUUUUGGUUAUUUUUAUAAGAAAACUUACAAAUAUUUUAUCGCAGCACUGUUUUGUUUGUUUACAUUAGCUUAAACGUUUAUGAAA